CUAUUGUCUUAUAAACAUCAAAAUGACAGAUUGAAAUUUUUGACUAAACAUUUUCACAUUUUUGAAGUAGAUAAAAUGAAUGCACCAAAACAUCAAUGUAGAUUGCACCUUUUUACUGAAGAUCAUGUGGUCAACAAGUUCGUACAAACCGGAAUAUUUAUUUCACUAAGAAGAAAAAUAAAAUUAUGCUCAACUGUAAGCGUAGACCAUCCUAAGACACAGUUGUAUUUUCUAUCGAAUUCAGCUCUUUUGAGAGAACAGAACAGGCAUUUACUUUAUUAUUAUAAUAUGGUACAUCCACUCAGCAUGAUAAGUUUCUGGAUAGAGACGACAGAGAUUUUUGUAUUCAGCCUGAUUUAUUUAAAUAUUGCAGUAAUUAUUUACUUUAAUCAGUGGAAACAUGUAUUAUAUAAUUGUGUGUGGGCAUAUAUGACGAUUGUAGUGGUAGGACUCUUUAUUAUUUACACAUUCUUCAGAGGAUACAUAAGUAAGGAAAAAAUUAUACUAGACCAAAAAUUAGUUGCUUCAAAAUAUUUUAAGACCUUUUUUUUGUACGACAUUGCAGUAUUUUUCUUAUUAAUUUGCAUUGCAGUUAUUAAUAAUGUGAAAGUCCAGUAUUUUUUGCAACUAUUCACAAUAUUGCCAUUUCUCAUACGAGUUUAUCUGCGUUAUGACAAUAUUAUAAAAUACGUAACAAAAUAUAAAUUUAUUGUUAAGUUGAUAAGACUUACGUACGUUGUCGUUAUCGUUUUAUUUCUAAUAUUAAUUAACUAUUUUCACUUACUCAUGUUUAAUUCCGACUACUUUAAGUCUACACAUGCUGAAAUAACAACGAUAUUCGAGAUAGAAAUUUCAGUGUUGUAUAUUGUUAUUAUAAAAUUAGCUGGAAUGUAUGAUACUUUUGAACCACAGCCUGACACACUACAGCAAUACAUUUUAACAUUUCUCCUGGUAACUAUUUCUAUUAUUAUGCGUUUUGUGAUAUUUCUAUAUAUAUUUCGAUGGUACAACAAUUACAUCGCUGUGAAAAAACAGAAGAUGGACUUCUAUGAUGAAUUUCAAAUGUACGCUAAACACAAAGAAUUGCCGUCAAAACUAAAGCGUCGAAUGAACAAAUAUUUUAAUUAUAAAUACGGAAGCAAUUUCUAUCACACUGAUGUCAUCUUUAGUGCUCUGCCAUUAAAUUUAAGGGAGGAGAUGUACUGGGUUAUGUACGAGAAAUUAUUGGUCAAAAUCUCCUUGUAUUCAGUAAUGCCUCAUGGAGUUCUAAAACAAAUGGCAUGCAAUCUCGAUAUGCUGUAUUACUUGUCAGGAGAUUUUAUUGUGGAACACGGUGCCGUUGGUAACUCAAUGUUUUUAAUAUACUGUGGAUCAGUGGCUGUCUACACUAAAGAAAUGAAGGAAAUCUGCCACUUAAAUGAAGGAGAUUAUUUUGGGGAGUUCACAAUGAUUUUGAAUAUUCCUCGCACGGCUAACGUCGUUGCAAUAACGCAAUGUAAAAUUAUCCAACUGACCCGGGAGAACUUCCAACAUUCGGUUAAGGCCUAUCCAGAGGUGGUCGAGAAGUUGCAGGAGCUUUGCAGACGCAGACUUGAAAUGUUGAAGACUGAACAAGUUAUAUAAUAAUAAAUUUUAUGUUUAUAACAAUAAAAAUUGUUUGUUAUUC